UUGAGUUGAACACAAGCACCUGUCAGUGUCUCUGUGGACUGCAGAUACUAGCUGUAUAUCAUCACUUAACUGGAUUUAACAGACGUGUUCAACUCUCGAGAAUGGCUUGCUCACUGUGGACUGCUGUCUUUAUCUCAGUUACACUCUGUGUGCUGCAGCAAGGGUUUGGAUAUCCAAUAUCCGAUCAGUCUGAAGCAUCAAGCAAUCCCCCUGCUCUCAAACGGGUCCGUACCAAACGCUGCUCCUGUAGCAGCUGGUCAGACAAUGAGUGCAUCUAUUUCUGCCAUUUGGACAUCAUCUGGGUCAACACACCAAAUAAGAUCACUCCUUUCGGUCUGGGAAGCCCUCUGUCCCGUCGCCGGCGCUCCACGGGCCGCUGUGAAUGCGCCAAUCCCGCCGACCGGACCUGCUCCAGUUUCUGUCACAGCAGUUCAGAAAAUCCAGAUAUGGAGAUUGUGACCCAAUCUGAAGACCAGUCAAAUCACAUUGGCAAAACUAGCGAUUACUUACUGUCAUCUCUCAGGAAGGCGAUUAAAUACAACUUAACGACAGCCUCACGAACAGCUUCAACCAAGAAGAAAUCCAGACUCAGGAAUCUCUUGAUCAGUUAGAGAGGGAUGAGGUGACGGUCGUCUGAUGGAGCGCCUGAACAAAGUCCUGGAUGAAGAGGAUCUGCCUCGUGAGAAGAGGAUGGAUUGACUGAGUUCAAGACCGAGCUGAACUGCUGAGGCACAAACCCUCGGGUACUUCAGCUGAAGAGGAGCAGAACGGUCUGUUCACCAGAGUAAACAAUGAUUUAGGUGGUGAAAAGAAGAAAAGAUCACCUUCUGCACCAGUGAAAUGGUGACAUUUCCGAAUGAGUGAGUUAAAAACAGCAGAAGUACUGCAAACAUCAUUUAAGUUUGCCAUCUGGGAAAUAAUGUGGGAAAGGUGAAACCCCUUUACCCCUGCCUGAAAGACUUUAGAUACUGUUUAAUCUCUAUUCUUGACACUGAUUUUUUUUUUGUCCUUUAUUUAUUAGGUUUUCUCUGUAUCAGAGUUUAAUUUUAUUAUCUAUUUAUUUACGUAUUUAUUUUUCUUUUAUUUGCAAAUGAAUGUGUCUGAUGCUUUCUGUGAUCAACUGCUCAAGAAAGUGUCCAAAUGUUUUCAC